CUGGGGGCGAUCGAGACGCACUGGCGUCACGCUGCAGCAGCGCUUGUGAGGAUCACUCGGUGUGCGCAUGCGCGAGUAAGAAGAGCCGAGCUGCGCGAGAGUAUUGAGAGUUAUAUGUGUUUGCUACUGGCGACCUGGAUGAAGCGCUAUAAAGCAAGAAGUUGACUGAGCAAAGCCAAAGAACAGAAGCAGGAGAUAACAUGAUGAUUAAAAGGAGCAAAAGUUACUGAAAAAUCUUAGUUGGAUUUUAUUCAAUCCUCACACUUUAUCUGACCAGUACCCAUCCAACAAGUAGUCUUUUACCUAAGUUUGAAAAGACAUCAGAAAAUACAUACUGCUGUGAGAGAGUGCAUGUGCUUUGAGUGUGAGAAGACUUUUACUACAGCGGGCAGUUUAAAAAAAAAGCACCAGAGGAUCCACAUUGGAAAAAAAAACGUUCAUAUGUGAUCAAUGCGGGAAGAGCUCCACACUAAAAGCAAACCUUACAGACCAUAUGAGAGUUCAUACCAGAGAGAAACCAUUCACGUAUGAUCAGUGUGGAAAGCGUUACAUAUCCUCAUCAGACAUAAAGGUACAAAUGGACAUCCACACUGGAGAGAAACCGUACACAUGUGAUCAAUGUGACGCAUUUUUUUUGAGAGCUUCACACCUGAAGCAGCACAAGAGAGUUCAUACAAAGGAAAAACCACAUUCCUGCCAUUUUUGUGGAAAGAGUUUUUCAUGUCCAGAACAUUUAAAAGUGCAUCAGAAAAUACAUACUGGUGUGAGAGAGCACAUGUGCUUUGAGUGUGAAAAGACUUUUAGUUCAGCGAGCAGUUUAAAAACGCAUAAGAGGAUUCACACUGGAGAGAAACCGUAUAAGUGUUCACUCUGUGACAAGAGAUUCAGAUAUUCAGGAAAUCUGAAAACACACAAGAGGAUCCACACUGGAGAGAAACCUUACAAGUGUUCACUCUGUGAUGAGAGAUUCAGUCAGUCAGGAAAUCUGAAAACACACAAGAGGAUCCACAAUGGAAUGAAACCUUUUAAGUGUUCACACUGUGAUGAGAGAUUCAGUCAGUCAGGAAAUCUGCAAAAACAUGAGAGGGUUCACACAGGAGAAAAACCUUACACAUGUGAUCAGUGCGGGAAGAGUUUUGCAAUAAAAGAAAACUUUACGGACCACAUGAGAGUUCAUACUGGAGAGAAACCGUUCACUUGUGAUCAGUGCGGGAAGAGUUUCUCACAAUCAUCAACCCUCAAGUUACACAUGAACAUCCACACCGAAGAGAAACUGUACACAUGUGAUCAGUGCGGGAAAAUGUUUUUGUGGUCUUCAAACCUGACAACACACCUGAAACUUCAUGCAAAGGAGAAACCACAUUCAUGUAAUUUGUGUGGAAAGAGUUUUCCAUUAAUACAAUAUUUGAAAGCACAUCAGAAAAUACAUUCUGGUGUGAGAGAGUACAUGUGCUUUGAGUGUGAAAAGACUUUUAUUUCAGCGAGCAGUUUAAAACGGCAUGAGAGGAUCCACACUGGAGAGAAACCUUACAAGUGUUUACACUGUGACAAGAGAUUCAGUGAUUUAGGACAGCUGAAAAGACACGAGAGGAUUCACACUGGAGAGAAACCGUAUCACUGCACUGAAUGUGGGAAGUGUUUCAAACAUUCAUCUUCUCUACACAAUCAUACAAAAAACAUUCACAGUAAGUAGAUCAUCUUCAGAUCCAGUACAAGCAACAUAAAGAAACCUUAUCUGAAGUUUUCACUGUGAAUAAAGUUCAUCUUCAUAAACAGCAGAUUCAACUGAGAUUCAGAUCAACUCAAAGAUAAAGUUCCUGUAACAAAGGUUUAAAUAAUUUUGCUUCAUGAUAUUAAUGAUAUCCCAGGGGGCGUAUUACAGAAAACUUAUUUUCUUAGGUCUUAACUUAAGGUAUAUGUUAAAGGAAAACACCCAUAAUGCCAAGAAAAACACUCUUCUCUAAUUAAUUCAUAGGAAAACAAAUUGGGGGAUGAAUGCACACAUCCUAAGGUCACUGUGUAUAUUAUUACUGUUCUUGUAUGUUGUCUUUUGUAUUGCAUACUGUUUUAUGCAUACAUUAUGAUAGAUCACUAGUUAAAAUAACCUCAUCUAUAUCAUGUUUGGUCUCUUUAAAUUCGUGUUUUGAUGAUCUAAGUGAGAGUGUACAUGAUAUGAUGAUACCUAUUCCUAUACCUGCUUCUAUUGGUUUAGAAAUGUGUUAGACUAGUUUGUGUUGGUGUUUAGUUAAUAAAAAUCUUGUGCACAGAUUACACAAGUUUCUGAUUGUGUCACUGCUUUUGAAUAAUGUCCCUUUUACGAAAUUAUGUAGGUACAUGCUUUAAUGCAGGGGUGUCACACUCAUUUUGGUCUGGGGGCCGCAUACAGCUUAAUCUGAUCUCAAGGGGGCCAGACCAGUAAACUCAAAGCAAAACUACAUAUAAAUAACAAUAAGUCCUCUUUUUUCUUUGUAUUAGUGCAAAGACGUACAUUAUAAAAAUCUUUAUAUUAAAUGAAUUGUCCUUUUACAAAAUAUAUUAUGAACAACCUAAGUAGUAUGUGCAAUUUCAAUAACACUAUUACUCAGUUGAACAUUUAUUUAAGUGCAUUAUGUAUAAAAAACUGAUCACAGUUAGUGUACAAUGUCGCACAACAUUUAGUCACAGUUUUGUGGAACUUAAAAACACUGUCCUGCAUAUUAACAUAAAUCAAACAUAGAAAUAUAGAAAUUAUUUCAAAUCCAUUUUCCAAUUCUGGGAAACAAUUCUGAACACAUGAAUUGACUCCACACACUUAAAAACUUAAGUGGCAGCUGUUUUAAAAAGAAAAUAUUUGUAAAAAUUUAUUUUUUUUUUAAGUUUUUUUUUAAGUAAACAAAAUCCUGUCUGCCACGGUAUUUCUCGUCAAAGUAAUAUUGGCAAAAGCUUGUCGCUUCUCAGGAUACACAAUUUCGGCAGCCUUCAAAAUACAAUUUUUGACGAACUCCCCCUCACAGUACAGCUUUGAUGCUAAUGCUAUUUCGCUAGCAAUUAGGUAGCUGGCUUUCACUGCAUCAUCGCUGGCCUCUUGCUGAUUGCUGUUUCCUCAGAUCCACCAAUAUUUCAUUUACCUUCUGUCUUCUCAGUUCUCCAUGGAAGCUGUUGUAUUUUGUUUCGGUCCAAUCUCCAUAAAAUGUUGCA